UUACUGGAUUUACAAUUUAAUGACAGUUAGGAAAAUGUUGCGCUAAAAGCAUCGCCUGAGCAGUUUAAUAAAUUUGAAUGUCGAUGACAGUUUGCACCGAGGACUGACAGAUUCUAUUUAUGUUAUUGGAAAUUGUUUUGGAAAGAGAAAAAAAGACAUUUGAGGAACGGCUUAUUUUCUUGACAUAACUGAAGAUUAGGAUGUUUUACAGAAAAAUUUUGCGAUACAGCUCAUUACAUUGGGUCAGGGAGGGCCACAAAAUUUUUUUUUAAGUCAUCAAGAAUCCUGUAAUAGCUGCAAUAAUGGCUGUUCUUCCUAAAAUAAAUUCAUCAAUAUGUUUCUUUUUAGGACAUUUAUGAAGGUAGUACAAUAUUUUUUGUCAUCGAUUAGAUAAGAGAUUACCAAUUUCUUUUUCAAAUUUUCCUAAAAGUGGCUCAUUGGAACAUUCUUAUAAAAAAAAAAAAAACAGACGGCUGAAAAUCAAACCUGCUUCUAACAAACAAUCAUACCAAUACAUUUAAAACAUUAAUUAAUAUUAAAUUAGUGAGAAAUUAUUGAUGUUAUCCCAAAACAUUUUACCGUAAUUUCCGGCCUACAAGCCGUGACUUUUUUCACACGCUUUCAACCCUGCGGUUUACACGGUGAUGCCCCGCUAGCGUAAGCGCAGGGCUAGCAUUGGCGCGGCACUAGUUAGCACGACGCUAAUGCUAGCGCUCGCUAGCGUUAAACUCUUUCUGUGUACCGACCAGGUGCGCCCUGUAGGCCGGGAAUUACGGUAGAUAUAUUAAAUACCCAUUAAAAAAAAUAUUUUUCACGUCGUACAUGAAUGGCCUAGCCCAUGUCGUAAAUCCAUCCAUUAUCCAAGCUGCUUAUCCUCACAAGCGUCACCAGAGAGGUGGAGCCUAACCCAGCUAGUUUUGGGCAAAGGGUGGAAUAUACCCUGAACUGGUCGCCAGUCAGUCGCAGGGCUGGCAUCAACACCGUCACUGAGCGGGAAUCGAUCCCACGUUCCCCGCACCAAAGUCAGGCGUGUCGUGUACCAUAUGUAAAUCUCGAGAUUAAAAUGAAUAAAAAAGUUGGCCCACCCGAGCACAACGUGGGUGUACCUAAUCAAGUGUCUCGUGAGUUUGUCAUGUUGUCAUGGAUUUACAAGAAAAAUAAAGAUGGGGGGGGGCAGUAGCGCUAAAAGUAGCACACGUGGUGAACUUUUUGCACCACAUUGUGUGUGUCACCAUCUCCAUGGCAACCGGGGAGGAGGAUGACGAUGUUGAUGAGGAGGAGUAGGAGCAGGGCGAAGGGGGUGUGGCAUAUACAGAUGUGAAUAACGGUGCGCAGACAUUCGAUGCCUAAUUUGGAGGUCUGGGCGGGGAGGGAGCUGGCAAGGAAGUCGAGUGGGAGUCUGCCGCGCUCGCUCUCUUUCGCUGCCUUUUCUGCGAGUGAGAGGCUCUCCAACCGCUGGAUGUUCUGCGCGAGACACUGCAGCUGAGCUGAGCACACCAGAUUUGUCUACGAGCCGAGACCACCUAGCGUCAAGAUGGCAAUCGUCCUGCACUCUACCCCCCUCCUGUGGACGCGUCUGGCAGCGCUGAUCUUCGCCUGCGUGGCCUUCUCGGUGGCGGUCCACGGCGGGCGUCUGUACCACGGGACGGGCGACUGGUGCAUCUUCUGCUGGGCCUUCAGCUUCGCCGGCACCCUUCUGGUGCUCCUGGUGGAGCUGUUCGGCCUGCAGACCCGAGCGCCCGUCUCCUGGAAGAACUUCCCCAUCACGUUCGCCUGCUACGCCGCUUUGCUGUGCCUGUCGGCGUCCAUCAUCUUCCCGCUGUACUACCUGAAGGGCUCCAUGGGGCCCAGCGAGGCGCGCGACUACCGCAUCGUGUCCACCGUCUUCUCCUGCCUGGCCACCAUCGCCUACAUGAGCGAGGUGAGCAUCAGCAAGGCGAGGCCGGGCGAGGUGGCCGGCUACAUGGCCACCGCCCCGGGCCUGCUCAAGGUUUGCGAGACCUUCGUGGCGUGCAUCAUCUUCGUGUUCAUCAGCGACCCGGUGCUCUACGACCGCCACGACGCUCUCAAGUACUGCAUGUCCGUCUACUGCAUCUGCUUCAUCCUGUCCGCCGCCAUCAUCCUCCUGUGCGUGGGCGAGUGCACCGGCUGCCUGCCGUUCCCCUUCGCUCGCUUCCUGUCCGGCUACGCCCUGCUGGCCGUGGUGCUCUACCUGUCGGCCACCAUCGUCUGGCCCAUCUUCAACUUCGACCCCAAGCACGGCGGCAACAAGCACCGGCCGUCCAACUGCAGCAUCACGCAGGGGCUGUGCGUGUGGGACAAGCUGAUGGCGGUGGCCGUUCUCACGGCCGUCAACUUCGUCCUCUACCUGGCUGACCUCAUCUACUCCGCCCGCUUGGUCUUCGUCAGCGCUUGAGAUCCCGGCAAAGGCAAAUUUGGCCGCUUGCGGGUCGGGAAUCUAAACUUGACUCUGAAUUGUCUUCAAAAAAACGUGUAUAAGGGAACCUCCGAGGUAGAACGGUGCAAAUUUCAGAGUUGUCAAGAAAUUUUCAUGAAAAAUAGGGCACGUCACUUAAUAGUUAACCAUGCUCGUUUGUAUCUCAAAUCAUCUUUUCCCAUUCAAAGAAAAGGCCAUUAAUGCGUUCCAAUCCCACAUUGCGCUGCCCGUGGUGUUGUGUACGCAUUUGCCACCAGGGAACAGUAGAACACAACCAUGCAUACCCAAGCUGAAGAAGAGUUUCACAACUAAGGUGCACUCAUGUGAAAAUUUUCGUGAAAUAUACGCCUCAAAAUGCGCAAUGUCAGAAAGUAUAGUGGUUUUGUUUUUGCGUUGCCGUUUGUACGUUAUAUUUAAUUAGAAAGGGGUAAAGAGGAAACACGAAAUUAUUAAAAAAAAAAAAAGGUGAUACAUUGUCAAAUUUAGUCAGCAUAUUGUGUAUCCAAAACAUAAAACCUCACAAGUGCCUUAUUAUUAUUAUUAUUAUUCUAUUUUUGCUCAAGAGGAAAAAAAAAAAAAAGUUUACAUACAAAGAAACCGCCAGAUGUCAUUUGCUAGUUUUGUGACGCAACCACAGGAGGUUACCAUGGCAAAGAGGAGAAAAGUCACAAUAAUUGUAGAACAGGAAAUGAAAUCUGUCAUGGUAAAUUGGACAAAAUAUAGUAUACGGACACAUUUAAGGCUGUCAAAUUAUUAGGUAUGUGUGAUAACUGAAUGUCUUUUUACAAAGAAAAAAAACGUCACCUUUCAGGGGUUCCACCGUAAUGUCAUCGAAGACUCCACAAGCCGGCCAAAUUGAAUUUCGCUGACUGUCCGACUAAUGAGGUUGUUGUUGUGGGCGGGGUCUAUUAUUCUGCAUUUACACGUGCGCUUUGUGUCCGCGUGAUGAAGGACCCGAAAGAGCGCCAAGGUGAGCAUGCUAAUGAAGUUUUAAAAACGCAAACGAAAACCGUUCAUUCCUUUCGUCCAUGUUGACAUAAGCUGGAGAGGAUGUGCAUGUAAACAUAGCAAGUGUACUGAUAUUAUUUUAUAGCAUUAUGAAGGUCAAUAAUCCGCUCAAAAUUAAAAUUUUUUUGGUUAUGUUUUACUUGAAGCGAUUCAUCACUAAAACAAACAAGCAACUUGAUGUUUAAUGAUUUCCAUUGUACAGGGGGGGGGGGCACACAUAUUUGCAAGUUACUAUAUAUAUAUAUAUAUAUAUAUAUAUAUAUAUACAUACAUAUAUAUAUAUAUAUAGUUGAAUUUUUGUCUAUGUAACAAAAGUAGUCACACAUGUACACUGUAUAUGUGCACAGCUUAUCUUUAUUCUUAUGCAUUUAAAUGCUAUUUUGCCACGUUGUCAAAGGCUCCGUUAUUUUUGCAACCCUGUUGUAUUUUUUUUUAACAAAUACUUUGUAUUCUGCCAUUUUUGUUUUCCAGCGUGGCCACCGCAUCAUUGUAA